CGUCUACAGUCGGUUGUUUUGGCAAGAACGUACAAGAACGUUUUGGGAAAACGUGUCGUUCAGUAUAAACCGUCCCGCAACGUAGCAAACGUUCAAGCGAACUGAACGCACAUCUGACAAUUCAGUCACGUGACCGAUCGCGGAUCAUGACGUACAAAUCUAUGCGACAGAAAAAAAGGCCACUGUAAACAGAAAAUAAAAAUACACAGUAAGUUCAAAGAUUAUCUAUAUUAGCUUCGCCUCUUCUUUUCUGUGAGUCAGCCGGACAGCUGUGAAUGUCCAUUCCCCAUGUCAUUCUCCCAGAUCACCCAGUCUCUGUAUCUGGGUGGUGUGGACGCAAUCUUCAAGCGCACCGGCCUCUCCAGUAGGAACAUAACUCUGAUAGUCAAUGCCACAGCAGAGCACCCCUGUCCUCAGUACGAGGGUGUGGAGUGUUUCCAGGUACCCGUACUGGACCAGCCUCACGCCCCCCUGGCCUGCUACUUCGAUGCUGUUGCAGAACGUAUCCAUAACAACCAGUCAGGUAGUACACUGGUCCACUGCACUGCAGGCCGGAGCCGUUCUCCUACCCUGAUCAUGGCUUACCUGAUGAGGUAUGAGGGGGUAUCACUGCGCCAGGCCCAUGAGUGGGUCCUGAAGUACAGACCUCAUAUCCGACCCAAUGCUGGGUUCUGGAGGCAGCUGAUGGAGUAUGAGAGGAGGCUCUAUGGGAAGAAUACUUUGAGGAUGGCUGCUACCUCCUGUGGUGUGCUGCCUGAGGCUCUGGAUGGACAGGAGACUAUUUACUAUGUGAAUGGCUGAUGGAAUGAGUCCCAAAUGGCACCCUAUUCCUUAUAUAGUGCACUACUUUUGACCAGAGCCUAAAGGGAAUAAGGUGCCAUUUGGGACAGAAUGCUUUCUUCAAUGUCUGAGAAAGUCAUGAGUGCAAGUAGACCCGACUGACAUGUCCUGACUGUGAAAUUAUCUGUGGCUUCGCUGAGACUCUUCAUGCAAUGUUUCUCUACCAGCAAUAGUCAACUGUAUGUACCGUUUUUAUACAGUGGCAUUCAUUUGAGACAAUUGUUGAUUGCAUUUGACAAGAUGAAGUGAUCAACCACAUUUGUAUAGCAGCAAAUUGUAUUAUUGAUAGAUUUUUCAUAGAUGUAUUUGAGAAAAUAAAACAAAUAGCUAUAAAACA